GGUGCCGGGGAGUGCGGAGGGCGCUCGCCGCCGGAGGUGCGCUCGGGUCCGCGCCGCCGCCGCCCUCGCGACCCGCGCCCUCCGGAUCCCCUGUCCGCCCGCCCGACGGGCCCUCCCCCACCCGCUCUGAGCGCGGACCCCGCGCCCACAGCCUGCCCCGCGGGGAGCCGCCAGCCGAGUCAUGGACCAGAAAAUACCAGAAAUUUUCUCUGUGGAGCUCAGUGGAACUAAAGACAUACAGGAAACAGACGGGUGGCAUGAAAAAGAGAAGUAUAGGGGUCUGAAGAGCAAGCCCUGGGAGCUCAAGAAGCAUCACCAGAAGGAGGAGCUUAAGAAAGACCUGGAUUUGGAUGACCACAAACUCAGCAAUAAUGAAUUGGAAAAGAAAUAUGGAACAAACAUCAUGACGGGUCUCUCCAGUGCCCAAGCUGCCGAGCUCCUGGCUCGGGAUGGGCCCAAUGCCCUGAGCCCUCCCAAGGAAGCACCAGAGAUUAUCAAGUUCCUCAAGCAAAUGGUGGGGGGAUUCUCCAUCCUUCUGUGGGUAGGAGCCAUCCUGUGUUGGAUCGCAUAUGGGAUUCAGUACUCCAAUAAUAAGUCCUCGUCCUUGGACAACGUGUACUUGGGCACUGUGCUCGCUGUGGUUGUUAUUUUGACGGGGAUCUUCGCGUACUACCAAGAGGCGAAAAGCACCAACAUCAUGGCCAGCUUCAGUAAGAUGAUCCCGCAGCAAGCUCUUGUCAUUCGAGAUUCAGAAAAGAAGACCAUCCCUGCUGAGCAGCUGGUGGUGGGGGACAUAGUGGAGAUUAAAGGAGGAGACCAGGUCCCCGCGGACGUCCGCGUGCUGACUGCUCAGGGCUGUAAGGUCGACAAUUCAUCUCUCACUGGGGAAUCUGAGCCCCAGGCCCGGUCCUGUGAGUUCACCCAUGACAAUGCCCUGGAAACAAAGAACAUCUGCUUCUAUUCCACAACAUGCCUGGAAGGCACAGCGACUGGCAUGGUCAUUAACACGGGUGACCGCACCAUCAUUGGUCAGAUCGCCUCACUGGCUUCAGGAGUCGGAAAUGAGAAGACGCCCAUUGCCAUUGAGAUCGAGCACUUUGUUCAUAUCGUGGCAGGAGUGGCUGUCUCCAUCGGCAUCCUUUUCUUCAUCAUCGCUAUGUCCAUGCAGUAUUAUAUCUUGGACUCCAUCAUCUUCCUCAUUGGCAUCACUGUGGCCAAUGUGCCUGAGGGUCUCCUGGCCACUGUCACUGUUACUCUGUCACUGACGGCGAAACGGAUGGCGAAGAAGAACUGCCUGGUCAAGAACCUAGAGGCUGUGGAGACGCUGGGCUCCACCUCCAUCAUUUGUUCAGACAAGACUGGGACUCUGACCCAGAACAGGAUGACUGUGGCCCAUCUGUGGUUUGACAACCAGAUCUUCAUGGCUGACACUAGCGAAAGCCAUUCAAAUCAAGUCUUUGAUCAAAGCUCCGAAACCUGGGCCUCCUUAUCAAAGAUAAUAACAUUGUGUAACCGAGCUGAAUUCAAACCAGGACAGGAAAGCGUCCCAAUCAUGAAGAAAGUUGUGGUUGGAGAUGCUUCAGAAACAGCUCUUUUGAAAUUCUCAGAGGUCAUUUUGGGCGAUGUGAUGGAAAUUAGAAAGAGAAACCACAAAGUGGCUGAAAUCCCUUUUAACUCGACUAAUAAAUUUCAGCUCUCCAUACACAGGACGGAUGACCCCAGUGACAAGCGCUUCCUCCUGGUGAUGAAAGGGGCCCCGGAAAGGGUCUUAGAGAAGUGCAGCACCAUCAUGGUCAGCGGCCGGGAGCAGCCUCUGGACAGGAGCACGGCAGAGGCCUUCCACACGGCCUACAUGGAGCUGGGGGGCCUGGGCGAGCGCGUGCUGGGUUUUUGUCAUUUCUACCUGCCAGCAGAUGAGUUUCCAGAAACCUACUCAUUUGAUAUAGAUGCCAUGAACUUUCCUACAUCCAACCUCUGUUUUGUGGGGCUCUUGUCAAUGAUUGACCCCCCUCGGUCCACUGUUCCUGACGCAGUCACCAAAUGCCGGAGCGCAGGAAUCAAGGUUAUUAUGGUUACAGGCGAUCAUCCAAUCACAGCCAAAGCUAUUGCCAAGAGCGUAGGUAUCAUUUCAGCUAACAGUGAGACGGUGGAAGACAUUGCAAAACGUCUCAACAUUGCUGUGGAACAAGUCAACAAACGGGAUGCUAAGGCUGUGGUGGUGACUGGCACAGAACUGAAGGACAUGAGCCAGGAACAGCUGGAUGAGCUUUUAACCAACUACUCAGAGAUCGUGUUUGCCCGGACAUCCCCCCAGCAGAAGCUGGUCAUUGUGGAGGGCUGUCAGAGGCAGGAUGCAGUUGUCGCUGUGACGGGGGAUGGAGUUAAUGAUUCUCCAGCUCUAAAGAAGGCAGACAUUGGGAUCGCCAUGGGGAUAGCAGGCUCCGACGCCGCCAAAAACGCAGCUGACAUGGUCUUGCUGGACGACAAUUUCGCAUCCAUAGUCACAGGGGUGGAGGAAGGUCGCCUGAUCUUUGACAACCUAAAGAAGACAAUCGCAUAUACGCUGACCAAGAACAUUGCCGAGCUGUGCCCCUUCCUGAUCUACAUCAUCGUUGGGCUUCCCUUGCCCAUUGGCAGCAUUACUAUCUUGUUCAUCGACUUGGGCACAGACAUAAUCCCCUCCAUUGCCUUGGCUUAUGAGAAAGCUGAAAGUGACAUUAUGAACAGAAAGCCUCGCCACAAGAAGAAGGACAGACUGGUGAAUCAGGAACUUGCCAUUUACUCUUACCUGCACAUCGGCCUCAUGCAAGCUGUGGGGGCUUUUGUGGUGUAUUUUGCUGUGUACGCACAGGAGGGCUUCCGCCCCACCGCACUUAUCAGUCUCCGGGUAGAAUGGGAAAAGGACUAUGUGAACGACUUGGAGGACAGCUACGGACAGGAGUGGACGAGGUCCCAGAGGACGUACCUGGAAUGGUCAGGCUACACGGCUUUCUUUGUUGGCAUCAUGGUCCAGCAAACAGCCGAUCUCAUCAUCAGGAAGACUCGGAGGAAUUCCAUCUUCCAGCAGGGUCUCUUCAGAAAUAAAGUCAUCUGGGUGGGAAUUGCCUCGCAGGUCAUCAUUGCAUUGAUCCUCUCCUACGGCCUUGGAAGUGUCACGGCCCUGAACUUCACCAUGCUCCGGUGAGCUCCCCUCUGCAGUGGGCGGGAGGGG